AUUCAAACCUUUGGAUAGCUCAGGAAAAACACUUUUAACAGCCAGAAAAGAGAAGUAAAGCGAGAUCACGUGAGCCUGUGAAGAAGUCAAAGACAACAAGUCGAUCGAAGACUAAAGAGCAGAAGCCAGACAGACAGACAGCAGCCAGCCAGACGUGUCUGAAGAGUUGGAGGAAAAAAUUCUCGCCGAGUCAGCAUUCCUAGGACGCGGACCAGGUAUACAACAGGACCAGGAGCGAAAGAGCGACGAAGAGACCGUCUGACGACGAGUAACAUUCUUGUCCGUCUCAUUGCGAACGUUAUCGUCAUUUACAACUUCCUUCCUCAACUAUCAACGAGGACAGCAACAGAAGCAGCGACAACAAUGGUGGCCGUUGCUGUGUACCUUGGCAUUGCCGUUGUUCUUCUGUGCGUGGCCUACUUUCGCUUGAUCUUCCGUGUCAGGCGAAACGGAGAACCUCCCUACGUGCCCGGGCAUUUUCUGUGGGGCAACGGCGCCGAGUUUUCAGAACAUGCCGUGCGCUUCCUGCACAAGUCUCAGAAGAAGCUGGACAUCUUCACCAUCCGCCUCCUCAACCAGUACCUCACCAUCAUCAUGGACCCACACUGCUACGAGAAGUUCGCCAAAGAGAAGAAUUUCGACUUCGACCCGAUCCAGAAGCAGGUCAACAACAAUGUUUUUAGCUUCGAACUGAAAGGUGCCCGCAAGAUGAUCAGCGAGGCGGGGAAAAAGGUUAAUGGCCGGUACUUGAGCAGCGGCAUGGAGAGCUUUGCCAAGAACCUGCAGGAUGCCUUCAGAGUUUUCACAAAAUCUUCAGCUUCCAAUGCAGACUACAAUGGCAAUGUCAGUGCCGAAGGGGACGCCGGUGCCGAAUGGCGGCGAGAAGGUCUUCGUAUGAUGACAUCGAAGACAUUGUUCUCGGCUUUGUUCUACACCAUCUUCGGGCGAAGCGUCGACCCCUCAGGCGAAGAGAAAGUAAAGGACUUUAACCCGCAAAUAUUCCACGAGAAGUUCGACAUCUUCCACAAAUUCUUCAACUACCUGUGGAUCGGGCUGCCAGUCAACCUCUUCCCCAAGGCGUGCGAUGCGCUGAAGGUGCUCUGCCAGCAGCCUACCUCCUACGACAUGUUGCAACGCGACGGCGUGUCCGACUACAUCAAGUUCUCUACCGAAUACAUGCAACAGCGGCAGUCCGACCAAGACAUCAUGGGCCAUAACCUGGUCUUCUUGCACGUCAACUACAACUCAUUUCGCGUGGCCUUCUGGUGCGUGUACAAGAUGGUGGAGGAGCCUCACGUGCUGCGGGACCUGGAGAAGGAGCUCCGCGAAGCUAUUGAGGACAGACAAGCAGAAAAAGACGAAAGCGUGGCCUUCACCUUGGAGGACAUCGACAAACUCCCUCUUCUUGAUUCCUUCUUGAAAGAGACCCUGAGAGUGACAAGUGGUGUCUUCAUGGUCCGUUACUGCUCCGAGGAUACAGAUUUUGAAAUGUCCAACGGAGAAAAGUACACCGUACGCAAAGGAGACCGGGUAGCGAUGUACCCACCUUGUAUUCACAUGGACCCUGAAAUCUUCGAGGAUCCAGAGGUUUUCAAGCACGACCGCUUUGUGAACACAACCUUCUCGAAGUACGAGAAAGAACUGAAGAACCCGGUCUUCACCUUCGGCUCGCUGUGUCCCGGCAAACGCAUCUCCAUGCUGCAGACCAAGUGGUUCCUGAUGAACCUCAUCAACUCCUUCUCGCUCGAGCUCCCCGAGGGUCAGAAAACGUCUCCCAAUACGGCGUUCUACGGGCACGAGAUCCUACCACCAGUCAACGACGUGCAGGUUCACUUCCGGCCGAAAGAGGGCGCCCCGGUGCUGGCCUUCUCUCCUCGUCGCUACUACAGCUCGUGAAGUUGUGGCUGCGCGUCACCAAGGUCCACUUCCGCCCUCUUCCACAAUAUUCCCCUCCCUACUACUGAAGAGAGACCCCCUCCUUCACCACUCGCUUCCCGCUAUCCGAUUCUCAACUCUCGGACAUUUUUGACUAUCCUUGUCGAACGAAACGAAACCACAGGUGCAAGACAUUUUCGUGCAUGUGAGAUCUGACGUUUGGACAACGCGCGUGCCGCGUGCUUGCUCCCUGAACCCCGGAGUCUGACACCGUGCAGUUAGCUUUGUUAUAUGCUCAUUGUUUAUAUAGGGUACACGUUUUACCCUGAUCUCUCCUUUUUUUUUUUUUUUUUUUUUUUGUUUCCGAACUAGGCACAAUGCAGCGGACAGUUUGUUUUACAGCAAAGAAAUCAGUUUCGAUCAUCUUCCUUUUUUUUAACUAUCACCAUCGUUGUCAUCGCCUUCACCAUUAUCUGCCAUCAAUCAUCUAUCGAGAAACUUCAGCGAAUUGUCAAAUCCCACUCAAAGACUACCGAGUAUUGGUCUGUGUGGUUAAUAUAAUCACUUCCCUCUUCGCAGAAGCGACUGAAAGACAGUUGCAAGACUCGGAGGGAGGGAAAAGAAGAGACAAAAAAAAAACAACAAAAAAAAACUUUGCAAGUGACGUUGUAUUAAGAAGACGUUUGGGGUGUUUCCAGAUAGUAUUUUCGUGCACAGAGACAAAACCACACCUGUGUCUGUAGAGUGUGUGUGUGUAAGUAUAUUCAUACCGGCUGUACCAUAUAUGAUCCUCCACAACGGCACAGCGCCCUAAGACAUUGGCGCUGCCCUUCUGCUGUCUUGCAAGCAGGACCGCACCAUUUCAACGUUUUAUUUUUCUUGUUUUUUGGGGGUAACCUGACAACAACGGAUCCUGAAGGUCCGACACCCACGCCUUUAUCCCGAGGACCCGCUGUGAACAAAAAAAUCCGUUGUCAGGUGUUACUAUAUCCGUGCUGUGAGACGUUGCGCAGUCCGAUGCAUUUAUUGUCUUUAUAUCAUGCUUCUGUACGUUGAUACUCAUAACUACGGGUACAAGUGCAAACUAAUGAGAGAGAGAGAGGUUUGGAACCCGGACCAGCAGGCAUUGCGCCACGUGGGCGCGGCGCCGGGGCCUCGUCGUACCUCUGUACUGUACCGUCAUUGGUCGAUGGUGGACUGACAUAGAGGAGAGAGAGAAAGCAAGGCUACAACAAUCAUUAUCACUAGCAAACCUUCACUUUAUCCUUCCACCAACAUCCCUGUUACAGAAAAGCGACCUCCUUCUUUCUUUCUUUUAACCAUCCUACUCUCCAAGUCUAACCCGUGUUGUCGGGUGGGGAAAGCUGCAGGUCUUGAAGCCAUGACUGCUUUGUGUCCAGGGUAGACUUCUGCUCAAACCAUGUUGACUGUGACUGCUGUGUUCGUGAACGUUCAUACAGUCAGAUUGUGACACUGAACAUACACCUGUCAUUAUUAUUUUUUUUUUUUUUUUUUUGUCUUUUAUCUGGAUCCCUCAUAACUAACCUUCUCUCAUUCUUCACCGUUUCUUUUUGCCAAUUUGUCCCUCUUAUUUCUUUAUCUCUCACCGUGUUCCCCAGCACCUUUACAUCUCUUUUCCGCUUUUUUCCACCCAAUUUUUUUAAGGGUGUGAGGGAAAGGUGACAGACUGUGUGCGUCCAAGAGACAUGAGGCGUUGGGAAGCGCACUAUUUUUCUUGUUCACGUGAUGAGAGCACAAACGAUCAACGCGCAGUGAUACAUUUUGUUGGUCAUGGGGUUGUAGUUAUUAACAUUUGAAAGUACUAUAUCAUGUGAACUGAAUCCUGCCGCUGGUAUACGUACCACAAACAUAAAAUGUGUUUAUAUAUAUAUAAAUUCUACAUGUCUACUUAGUUCUUGCUGUUUUUUUAAGAAUAGUCAUUUCUUUCCAUUUAUUUCAACAAUUUUACAGCACCUUCGUCGCAUCUUGUCGGAACCAUAUUAAGUUCAAUUUUAUUGUUGUUCUAAUUUUUGUCCUGAUGUAUUUAUAGGUUUUUUUGUUUCAUUUUGUCUUAGUUUUUUAUAUCGCCAAGUGAAGUGUGUGGUUGUGAUGCAAUGUGAUACGGAGUGAAAGGGACAGAACUCGCGCUUUAACUUAUUUUGUCAUAAUCAUGUGUAUAAAAGUCAGCAUUCUUAACUUAUUUCGACGUGUAAUGUUAUUUAUCAUGUCCUUUGACCCGAAACUAUAUCACAAAAUUGAAUUUUAACUGGUGCUGCUGAUGAGAAAUAAAUAAUUUAUUAUAAAUAAA